AUGCCGCCCAGCACUCCAGGGCUGGAGCUGCCCGCCCUCGCGCGGGAGGGGGCUGCCGUUGCCUGGAGACGGGCCGAACGAACUCCGAGAGGAGAAUACAACGCCCCCAACCGCCACGCGGGCGGCAGGAACCGUCCGCAGCCCGGGAGCGGGCGGGGCCCUGCUCUGCUCUGCUCGGCCGGGCCGCUGGGCGGACGCAGCACAUUAGGCUGCAAGCUAAUACUGGCAAUUGUGCUUGAAAUGCAAUCACUUUCCUGCUCUUCUAAGGAUGGUAGUCAGCCAUCACCUGAUAAGAAUAAAGAGAUGCUCCUAGGUUACCCCACCAGGCGUUGUAGUUGUGCUUUUGUAAAUACUCCAUCUCCAUGUGUUAACAAAGCUAUUAAUCACAUUCGAGAGCUGGAAAUAAAGAUAGAAAGCUCCUUUCAACAGCAUGAUUGCACACUUGAGAAGGAGAAAAUUCCAUGCAGGACUUUAACCUUAAAGCAGGAAACAGAAGCAGUGUUAUCAGAGGUCAUUGAGCUGAUUAAGCGACUAGAAGCUGAACGUAAAGAGGCUGAAGAAGCUUUGAAAAGGGAAAAACAGCGAAAGAAAAAGCUUGUAAUGAAAAUUGAUUGCAUGUCAAUUUGGAGGCUUCAGCAAUUCCCUAAUGCUGUACAAAAAGAACAUGAGAUUUGUACUCAAGAUCUCUCAGAACUACAGUGGCAUUUUGACUGUGCAAAUCGUCAGCUACAACAGGUAAAAGUCCAAGUACUUAAGACAGAGGCAGUUAAUGGACGGAUUCAGGAGGAUAUAGACUUUUUGAAGAAAUACAGCCCUCUGCUGGAAGAAAAGCUGAAUAUUGAGGGUGAUGCUAUGAAGGCUGUAUUGCUGGCACAUGGAAAGGCAUCAAAAUUAUAUUAUGAUGUUUAUCUGGAAGUUCUGAGAAUCCAGCAAAUUUUAAAACAAGUCACUGAAGAAGCUGAAAAGGAGAGAAAAUCUAUGGCUGAGAAAAUUAAAUAUGCUGAGAUAGUAUUGAAGCAGUACCAGAAUGAUUUAAAACACUCAGAAUUUCUUUGGACUGAAUUGUGUAUCAAGUUAAAAGAAACAGAGGAGAAGAUUAUCAAGGAAGAAAGACGUCUUGAAGAGUUAGUAAAGCAAAAAGAAGAGAUACAGGAAGAUGCUAAAUCUUGGAACAACAAAGUACAGGAUUUAAACAAUAAAACAUUGGCUCAAGAAAAUGAGAACAAAAGUUUAUUAGAUGCUUGUUCUGAAGUGAUUAAAGUGAUUGAAGAUUCAAAAACUAGCUGGGAAUCUGAACGGUUGAAUAUGAAACACAUGCUCCUCAAUACCCUUCAAGCAGUGGAUGAAUUGGAACGUGAAAAUAAAGAACUUGAGAGAGAAAAUGAAGAAUAUGUGCAAAAGUCCAGAGAAAGUUCAAGAAAAAAAAUAACGUAUCAGUCAGAACUGCAGAUUAUAUGCAAAAACACCCGUAAGAUUGAAGAGCAAAUAAGAAAAGUGAAUAAAGAGCUAUAUAAUAUUGAAAUGGCUUAUGGUGAAGGAAAAAUAAAACUGGAGGAAUUAGAAGAAAAAAUUAUUAGAGAAAAAAUCCAGUACAAGAAUUUGGAAGAGAACAUAAAAAAAUUAAUUCAAGAUGAAAGAAGAACAUGGCAUCUGACUCAGGCCAGUAUUAAAGCAAUGUAUUGUGAGCUAGAGCUAAAGAAAAAAGAUAGCAUCAAGACAAAAGAAGAAACUAUGAAGAGGGUAGCAGACAUUGAGGGACCAGUGGCUGAACUAGAAGCACAAUUUAUUGAAAAUAAAAAUAUACAUAAAGAAAAUAUUGAGAAACUUUAUAAUCUGAAUCAGAAGAUGCAAAAACUAGAUGAACAGAAGAAACAAGCAGAACAACAACUGGAGCACAAAAAGAGUACCAUGAUGAAUCAAUUAACUGAUAUACAGGAAAAAUAUUCAGAUGUUUCCCGUCGGCUAGAUGAAACCACUCACAUUAUUGAAAAUUUUCAAAACAGAAUUCAUGAAUUAAAUGAAUUAGCAGAGACAAAGCAAAGACAAAUUGAAACUACAGAGAAAUCCCUCAUAGAAUUGAGGGAAAAUUUUAGUGCUGUUAGCUGUAAGCAGGAGAAAAAUCAGAUGAUAACUGAUUACCUCCAGAACGAAUUAGAAAAAUAUGAGAAGAGAAUACAGCAUGAGGAAAAAACAUAUGGAGAAUUACUAUGGACUAGACAGAAAAAUUUGGAAGAUAUGAAGAUUACUCUGGAGCAGAUGAUAAAAGAAAAUUUGUGGUUAGCACAAGAGUAUCAGAUAUUUCAGAAAUAUUAUUUAAAUGAUAAAGAAUACCUUCUGGAUCUCUAUGACGAUAGGGUCAAGAUGGAAGCUGCAGUUAGAGAUCAGCAGCAGCUCUCUGUGCUGCAAAGCAGGAUGCACAAAGCAUUGGUGGAGUACUUCAAACAGCGCGGCCUCUAUAGCCAGGCUGGGCUGGCGAAGUUCCAGGCAGCCUCUCAUGAGAAUGCUCAGAAAAUAUUAGCUGUGCAGGGGGAGUUGUCAAAAACAAUCCAGCACAUCACUGCCUUCUUGCAUUCCUUGACAGAUGGCUCAUCUACUAAAGACGACAAUGCAAACAACCAAUGUCUCUUGGAUGCUGAAGUAAAAGACAAGAAAAGUCACACAGUUCAGAUAACAGUGUAAUUGGACAUUCACCUGUUUGCCAUUUCACACUUCCAUGGACGAAAAACUCACUCACCUCCCAGCAUGCCUUGCCGUUCUCUUACUUACAGCAAAUCCAUAACAAUGAAACAGGUGACUUUCAUGCUGCUGUCAGGAACGAUCUAAUUUCAGCUCUGGGUGACUGAUUGCAAUUGGCUUUGCCUCAUCUGAUAAUUAAUCUAUGUCACCAUUAAUUGGAAGAGAGAAUAAUUACUGGCAGUGUUGACAGUGACUGUACGCUUCCCCAGAUUUCCCCAUCGUGUUGGCCCAAAUAAAGGCUUUGCGAUGCAGUACUUAAAGUUUAUGUAAACUGUAACAAUACCUAUGCCCAUGUGACACUUUCAGACACUCUGUCUAAUGUACUUUUAUUUUUGUGUUUACCAAUCUUUUUUAGCUCACUGAAAGCUGUCUCCCUCAAUCACUCCUCAAUGUUCUAUCUUAAUUUUGUGGAAGUUUAAAGUUUUCAAUGAGCUGGAGAUGAAUGAUUAAUGAAUAAAUUUAAAUGCUUCA